UCCAUGGUGCUGAUCCCGGCUAGGGGGAGCGCAGGGUGGGGGCAACAGCCCCCUCCCGUACGGGCCCCCACUAUCCCUCACGCUCAGAAUCAUCCACUCAUGUCCUCGUGGGCAAUUAUGUACGCCCCCAAGUCACAACCACACCCCUCACUGGGUCACCCAGAGACACACAAUUACUCUCAAAAUCAGACCCCAACACACCUGCACACCCACGACUCAAAAUCACAUUCUCAUCCAGGGGUCACCCCGUUCCCCAUAUUCCUACACUUCUCGUCAACUCCCACACCCGAGCACACACACAAUUUGACUCCAAAUGGCCAUACACACACCCCUAAAAAUUGCUUUCAUUCUCAUACAUCCAUCAGUAAAAUACGGUCACAUCUCCCCGCCCCCACCCCUCCCACCCUCCCGCAGCUGUCAUCCGCAAAUGGCCCAGAAUUGGACACUCGCGCCAGAACACCACACCGUAGCCACGCGCAGCGCGCUCGCCUCCCAUGCACACACAGCCCCACACACCCCCCAUUCCCAAUUCCACCUCAUCCACCCAGGGACCGCGCUGGAUCCUGCACUCCGCGUCCUGUGUUUCCUGCCCAGCUCACCGGCCUGAGUCUGGAGCAGAAGCUGCAGCGAGGCCAGAAGCAGGCAGAGGCCAACCCGCGGCUGGAUCAGACCCCGGCGACUCCCCAUCCCGGGGGGCCCCAGAAAAGGCGGGAGACCAGCCGGUGCGGCUGCGGGGCGCGGCGACUCCGCCGGCUGGGUGCGCUCGCUCGCAGCGGCCGGCUCCACUCGGGAUCCGCGUGAGACUGCGAACACCCCGCCCUGGCCUCGCCCUGCGCUCCAACGCCGGGCCAGGCGGGGCUCGCUGGGGGGGCGGGUGCGUGGCUGACAGCUGGUGGGGGAAGUUGGGGAAGUUUGCGCCGAGCGCUGAUUGGCCGGCCAGGGGCGGAGCCCUGAGUCCGGAGCUGGGCCCUUCUUGCCCCUCCCCACACUGAAGGAGGAGGGUCCCUCCCACCCAGCCUUAGAAUUCGGAGUCCCAGCCUUACCCCAAACCCUUUUCUCCUAACAGGCUCCGUUGAAGGAGGUCUUACCUUCAUUCUAAACCUUCAACCUCCAUCCAGGCUCUGGACUUUGUGGGUACAGCUUUAUACCAUAGCCUUUCUCUCUCACCCAGGCCCCCAAAUGGAUACCCCAGCCUCAAUCCCAAAUCCUCACAUGGCCCUGUUAAGUGGGGGAGGCUGUCCCUACCCAGAAGCAGGGCAUCGCUGCAGGGAGGAGUGGACCCCUGCGAUUCCUGAGGUAAAGCAAAGCACCCAACUCCCUGGGACCCUCCCCCUUCCCAGUGUGAACAGGCCCCAGGGGUCAGGCGGAGCUGUCUGUGCAGUCGAGCGAGCAAAGACAUGUAAGAUCAGAUGGAGCUUCCACAGGGAGGAGCCCUAGGGGAGCAUCCUGGGAGCCAAACCCCCACCCACAAUUGUGGGGAAGAGGGUGAUGCAGGCAGUGCCUCCCUCCCAGCCUCAAGCUCCAUAGACAAAGAGUCUCUGUGUCUCUAGAGAGGAGGGGUGGGGCCCCAUCUGGGCUGAGGGCAAGAUGGGGGACACGGGGUGGGGGGAGAGAGGGAAUCUCCCAAGCUGCUCCUUGCUGCUCCCCAGGGACAUCAGAAGCUAAGACUUCCCCAGCUAAAAAUUUCUCAUAAAGUUCCUGCCCUGCCCUGCCCUGCUGGGAAGUUCUUCCCAUAGUCUGACUCUAUUCCGUGACUUUUCUCUCUCCAUUCCCUCUUUGAAAGGACCCUUCUGGGCCCACUUUUUCACCCUCUUUCAUUCUCUCCCGCCAACCAGAGAUUCUUUGCCCAGAACAGAGACAGCAAGAGAAUGCCCCUAAUUCCCCACGCCCCUGAAACGCCCCCACGCCCUGAAUAAUUUAAUCAUAAUAGAAAGCCACAUUAUGAGUACAGCAGUAAGAAGAAAUUUUUGACAUAUAAAAGAAAGGGGAUGUAUUGAGGUUAAGGGGGUCCCCCCAGCAGUCUUCCCAGGGUCAAUUCAGAAUCAGGGGCUCCCAGGGCCACUUCACCCUGCAGGGGAUCGCCUGGAGGGUGCUUGUGAGGGUAGAUGAGCAGAGAAUGCAUGGCGGGAGUCAGGUGCUGGCCAGCAGAGGUCACGCAUCAAGGGAAGGAUCAACAUGGCCGGCACAGCCCGGACGGUACUGAUCUCAGGCUGCUCCUCGGGCAUUGGCCUGCAGCUGGCAGCGCAGCUGGCUCGUGACCCCAGGCAGCGUUACCAAGUGGUGGCCACCAUGAGGGACAUGGAAAAGAAGGGGACACUAGAGGCAGCUGCUGGGGAGACUCUGGGUCAGACCCUCACCGUGGCCCAGCUGGACGUGUGCAGUGACGAGUCAGUGGCCCGGUGUCUCCGCUGCAUCCCGGGAGGGGAAGUGGAUGUGCUGGUGAAUAAUGCUGGAGUGGGCCUGGUGGGGCCUGUGGAGGGGCUCAGCCUACCUGCUAUGCAGAACAUCUUUGAUACCAACUUUUUCGGGGCUGUCCGUCUGGUCAAAGCAGUGCUUCCUGGCAUGAAGAGAAGGCGGCAGGGCCACAUUGUGGUGGUCAGCAGUGUCAUGGGGCUUCAGGGUGUCGUGUUCAACGAAGUCUACGCAGCCUCCAAGUUUGCCCUGGAGGGAUUCUUCGAGAGUCUCGCUGUCCAGCUGCUCCAGUUCAACAUCUUCAUCACUCUGGUGGAACCUGGCCCGGUGGCCACUGGCUUUGAGGGGAAACUCCUGGAGCAGGUCGCCACAGCAGAAUUCCCGGGCACUGACCCGGACACCCUGCACUACUUCCGGGAUUUCUACCUCCCAGCCUCCAGCGAGCUCUUCCGCUCUGUGGGACAGAGUCCACAGGACGUGGCCCAGAGCUCAGGGUUCCGCCCCACAGGCCAUUGUCAAGGUCAUCGGCUCAGUCAGACCGCCCCUGCGCCGACAGACAAAUGUUCGCUAUACUCCACUGACUGCCCUCAAAGCCAUGAACCCCUCGGGCAGCCUGUACGUGAGAAUCACCCACCGCCUGCUCUUCCGCUGGCCUCGUCUUCUCCACCUUGGACUUCGAUGCCUGGCCUUUGGGCGGGUAUGGCCCCGGUGAGCAGAGCCUCACCCAACCCUCCCCUGGACAGCCAGGCCUCUUCAGUUCACAGCCGUCUCGGAGGCCAGUGCAGACUCUCCAUGCAUUCAUUCAUGCAAUAAACUCUGCUGACCUGCUCUGUGCCUGGGCUUUUCUGGGAUCCACGAGAGCCCUCAGAUCCCUCUAUGGUCAGGGCUGGGGCAGAAAAAGGGACCCUGGGACCCUGGGACCCUGGGUUGAGAAGCCCAAAGCAGGGAGCUGGAGCUGUGUCUGGGAAGGCAGGGGAGGCUUUCUGGAGAAGGGGACCUUGUCCAUGGCCUUGAAAGAUGAGACAGAUGGCUUCAUUCAACCUCUGGAUUCAUUGUCUUUGGGCCUGGAAAUACAGAGGAUGAUCCAAAAACCUAUCCACAUAGAACUGGGCUCACUAAGGCACCUCCAGACUUUGCUGGUCACACACUCCAUCAGCAAAACGUGUUUGGGCACACGUCAGCAAUGAAUGUACAUUUUUUUUUGGUAUCAUUAAUCUAAAAUUACAUGAGGAACAUUGUGGUUACUAGACUCUCCCCUUCACCAAGCC